AUGCCUCUCUUCGAUUCGUAUCAUGCGCGCUCCAACUCGGGCGCGAGCUACCACGAGACCUCGCCGCGCUUCACAUUUACGGCUGAGACAUCCGGGCGCCAGGUGCUGAACGCAGAGCACCACGGGACCCGCAAGCGACGCAACGGCGACCACAGCAUCUCCUCCAUACGCGGCUUCACUGCGCAGCCAUGGACCAGCACCUCGUCGGCCUCGCACUUUGACAGCCCGGCCCCGCUCGCACACGACCGCUACACGCUGGCCGGGGGCAGCAUCGAGGGCGCAAACAGCUUCACGCGCCAGACCGGCAACUACGACGACUACUUCAACCUCCAAUCGCAGCGCGGCAUGUGGUCGUCACCGACCAGUCCAACCAUGCAGCCAGUCGACGCCGCAGCAGCACCGAACGCGCCCAGCUCGUGGGUCGUCGACUCGCUCCUGAACAUCGUCGGCGGCGUGGCCGGCCGGCUGUUCCAGUUCUGCGCCGUGCCGUUCCGCGGCUUCCAGGCCGGCGGCGGCCAGAGCUACGACGCCGACGCCCAGAUCAAGAUUGCCUCGCAGCUCGGACUCCACGACGAGCCCGAGCCCAGCUCGCCCGCCGCGCCCGUCCAGCAGAUCCGCUUCGACCCGCGCGCCAGCUUCGACUACGGCGUGCGCUCCAUCGACUCGCUCGACGACCGCCCGCGCCCCAAGCGCCUGCGCACAGAAGACGCCUGGGUCAUGGUCGGCCCCGACGACGCCGAGCCCGCGCCCCCCCGCCUGUCUGAACGCAGCACGCCCGCCCGCACGCCGGUGCUCGCACCCACAUAUACACCCGUGCUCGCACCCGCCUUCACCCCCGUGCUCUCACCACCCUACACGCCCCGCACAACCCCCACCCCCUCCCAAAUCCCCCGCCCACACUCCCGCACGCCCUCACACCGCCCCUCCCUAAUCCCCGUCUCCCGCCGCUCAACCACCCGCACGCCCCUCCACCACACCUCGCUCCCCGGCCCCAAAUCCGCACACGCCCGCUCCUCCAGCCGUCUGAGCUUCGGCUCCACACCCGGUGCUGCGCCCGACGACCGCCGCGUCUCCCCGCUCCCCGCGGACAGCCAGCGGCUGGUCACCAAGCUGCGGCGCGAGGAACUCGAGGACGAUGCGAGGAUGCGGAGGAUGAGUAGUCAGAUGAGUGCGAUGCUGAGGGAGGCGAGGGAGGCGCUGGGGAGUCGGGUGGAGAUUGAGGAGUGUGAGGAGAUGAUUUAG